AUGACAGCUGGAACUGUUGUCAUAACCGGAGGAAUUCUCGCCACGGUGAUACUCUUGUGUAUCAUAGCAGUGCUCUGUUACUGUAGACUCCAGUAUUACUGCUGUAAGAAGAAUGGGUCAGAAGGGGACACCAGCUCCGUCACGCAGCCCCACUUUGCCUGCAACGCAUGCAGUGCUCCCAGGGUGGACAGGACAGCCGUCACUCCCCUCUCCCUCUCCCCGGAACUCCCUGCCUCCCACGCCACGGGCCCCCCCCGUAACUACUGCCCCACCUGUUCGCCCUACGAAUCACCCUUCUAUAUCAGAACCACCGACGAGAUGCACAACGGCGGCGAGCGCAUCACCUACAUGCCCACGCACUAUGAGAACCCAGCGCUGGCUCUCGCCCUGCCCUCCCUGCAUGGCUCCCUGCUGAGCACCAGCCAGCAUCGCAGCAACCCAGCACCGGACUUCUACACCAACACUCGCGCUAUAAGUACAGACGUGUGA